AUGAUUAUUGACUAUCACCUGGAUACAGCUCCAGUGUCCUUCUACUCACUUGGCUGGGGUGUAUUCUUGUCUAAGCGAAAUGCAGCGUCGGGCAAAUUGUGGCUGUCGGAUGAUUGCACUCUGGGCUAUCACAUAGAUAUUCCCCAUGGAAGGGAGGUUGGGGCGGGCCUGGGUAGGACAGACACAUAUUCAACAAGACGAUUAUUCGAUACUUUGGAUGCGUUCAACAAUCACGCAUCACCAGCCUGUGACGGACUCGAGCCAAAGGAUGGAGAUUUCUUUGACAUCUCUCCUGACAAGAAACAUAUCAGAGACUUCGACGACCGCUCCGGCCUAUGGAUGGGUGGUUGGGAUGGGCCUGGGACAUAA